AUGAGUGUGGAGCACAUGAAAGCAUGGAUGAGAGGAGAACUUCUAAGCAGCCUCUCAAGGGAACGUAAAAGAAAGAAGAAGAAAGAAGAAGUUCGACUGCGCGUAGCUCAAGUCCAUGCUGCACUUUCGGUCGCGAGAUUAGCUGCAGCGAUCGCUGGAACCGUUGCGAGCAGUAAUAUGAAACCGAUGAAUAAUACCUCGAAGUGUUUAGGUUUGGCGAAUAAUAAUAACAAUAGAGGAGGGGAGUGGGAUGAGAAUGUGAUGAACAAAGUGGUGGCCUCUGCAGCCGCAUUGGUGGCGGCUGUUUGCGCUGAAGCGGCAGAAUCGGUUGGAGCUGAGAGAGCCCACAUCGCAUCCGCCGUUAAAAUGGGGUCGGAGACGAGGAAUUCUAGUGAAAUGCUCGCGCUGACCGCGACUGCUGCAACAUAUCGCAUUUUCGACGAACUGGAGGAUCCACCAGAAGAUUAUUGCUCCAAAGAAGAUCACAGUUUGUGUGCAGUACUGAGCUUGAGUACCACAGGGGGAACUAUUCAGUUACUGGAAUUUGUACGGGCGGCGUUGGUGCCUGCAACUGCCCACAAGACGGACGAAGGGCAGCAGGAGAUGUUGCAGAAUGUGAAAUGUUGGCAUUAUAACCUACAUAUACUAGCAAGUUCAUUUGAUUCUGAUACAUUUGCAACUCUUGUUUUGCAUUUUUCAGCUCUUGUGCGGAAAGAAAUCCAAGAUGACACUGAUAGAUUGACAGGGAAGACAAAACAGAUUUCUCCGGUUCCCAUUCAUCUGAGCAUCUACUCACCAAAUGUUGUCAAUUUGACACUGAUUGAUUUGCCGGGUCUAACAAAGGUUGCUGUAGAGGGGCAGCCUGAAAGCAUUGUUCAGGAUAUUGAAAACAUGGUCCGCUCGUAUGUUGAGAAGCCUAAUUGCAUUAUACUGGCAAUAACUCCUGCCAAUCAAGACAUUGCAACGUCUGAUGCAAUUAAGCUUGCCAGGGAAGUCGACCCAACAGGUGAACGGACUUUUGGAGUGCUGACAAAGCUUGAUUUGAUGGAUAAGGGAACAAAUGCACUUGAUGUUCUUGAAGGAAGAGCUUAUAAGCUUCAGCACCCUUGGGUUGGGAUUGUUAACCGCUCUCAGGCUGAUAUUAAUAAAAAUGUUGACAUGAUUGUUGCCAGGCGAAAGGAAAAGGAAUACUUUGCUACGAGUCCAGAUUACUCCCACUUGUCUAGCAAAAUGGGUUCAGAGUAUCUCGCUAAGCUUCUUUCAAAGCACCUUGAGUCGGUGAUCAGGGCAAGGAUACCAAGUAUUACAUCAUUGAUAAACAAAAGUAUUGAUGAGCUUGAAUCAGAGAUGGACCACCUUGGUAGACCUAUUGCUGUUGAUGCAGGGGCUCAAUUAUACAUGAUAUUGGAACUUUGCCGUGCAUUUGACAAGAUAUUCAAAGAGCAUCUUGAUGGAGGGCGUCCAGGCGGUGAUCGAAUUUAUGGAGUUUUUGAUAAUCAACUCCCUGCCGCUUUGAAGAAACUUCCAUUUGACCGCCAUCUUUCUAUACAAAAUGUGAAGAAGGUUGUAUCAGAAGCUGAUGGUUAUCAGCCUCACUUAAUUGCUCCCGAGCAGGGUUACCGUCGGUUAAUUGAGAGUGCUCUCAAUUACUUUAGAGGCCCAGCAGAAGCUUCUGUUGAUGCUGUGCACUAUGUUUUGAAGGAAUUGGAACUGAAGAGAUUCCCCACUCUCCAAGCUGAACUUGCAGCUGCGUCCUACGAAGCCCUGGAGAGAUUCCGUGAGGAGAGCCGUAAGACGACAAUCCGGCUAGUUGACAUGGAAGCUUCCUAUCUAACUGUAGACUUCUUCAGGAAGCUUCCACAGGAAGUUGAGAAGGGCGGGAAUCCUGCCACCAACCCUUCAAUCGACCGAUACACUGAUGGGCAUUUCAGAAGGAUUGCUUUGAAUGUGUCCUCUUACAUUGCGAUGGUAUCUGAGACUCUAAAAAACUCGAUUCCGAAAGCUGCUGUCCACUGUCAAGUCCGAGAAGCCAAACGCUCUUUGCUUAGUCAUUUCUACACCCAAAUAGGGAGAAAGGAGGGCAAGCAGCUUGCGCAGCUCUUAGAUGAGGAUCCCGCGCUGAUGGAGCGGAGGCUGCAGUGUGCCAAGAGACUUGAGUUGUACAAGUCAGCGCGGGAUGAGUUCGACGCUGUAUCAUGGGCCCGAUAAAGUUAAAUGCCGCGUCGUAUAUCCUGUAUUAUAAUGCCUGAUGAUUUCAUUUAUGUGGUUUUGCUAAUAUCUUAAAUCCCUCAUCCACCACUUUGUUGUGUUGUGCGCAUUAUGUGUUUGCGUUCUUAUUCAUUGGUGGUGGAUUGUAUUUUUUUCAUUUACAUGUCUGAGCUGCUGUUUUCCUUAUUAGUGAUUAUCAUUUCAGUGUGAUA